AUGCCUACCCUUACAGGGUCAUGUAUUUGCCGGAAUAUCGAAUACGAGCUGAAGCUUGCUUCCAAUGAUGAUGCAAGAACGUCUCUCUGCCAUUGCCGCAACUGCAAGAAAGCCUUUGGAACUAAUUAUGGUCUGACAGCGAAAGUCCCAAAGGACACAUUUAAUCUCACCAAAGGGAUAACAAAGGAACAUGCCGCAGAUAACGGAUCUGGGGCUAUGAUUCAUCGAGAAUUUUGUCAAAAUUGUGGUAGCUUCAUCCUAGAAUAUGGGGAUGCUGCCAAAGACCGUUUUCGCUAUAUCUGCGUCGGAUCCUUAGACGAUCCCGAAGCAUUGCCUCCCAAGGGGGAAUUCUUCUGCAAGGCUCGGGCGAGCUGGAUGCCGGAGAUUCCGAGUGAGUUUGGUAUGCUGAUCUCCUAG